CAAAGUUUAGAACAUUUUGGUUCAGCUGCCACAAACUGUUUUAGAGACAGUUAUCAAAAUUGAUACAAAAGUAAGAAUUUCCUUUCCUUCAAUCCCAUCCAGAUUACUUCUUCUCUUUUCCCAUACAAAUCUUCAGUUCUUACUCAUUCAUCCCAAAUCGGCCGCCAUCUUUGUUUUGUUCAUCCGACUUUUGUUCAAUCUUUGCUCUGUUUUUACUGGUGCCCUAUUUUAUUUUAUUUUUGUCACCGGUCGGUGGGUCUGUGAGUUAAAAUCUUAGCCACACAUCUGAUCAAACGGCUCAGAAAGAGAGCCCUGCGACCAAAAUCCGUAGCUUAAGGAAAGCGCACCCUCGUACAACACAAGUCUCUCUAUCUUCACCCUCUGUGGACUACUGAGAGCUGAAAUUUCAACUCUCUCUCCCAGAAAAUCUUCUAGAGCAACAAGCAACUGCAAGUAUCUGUAUCAGAUCCAAUCUUAAUUUUCCGAGAAAGUCACCUAUUCUCCUGGAAAACAAACCCAAACUCUUCCCACUAGUUUCCCAAUUUUCCAUGGCUAAUGCCUGGAAGAAAGAGAAACCCAUGAGACCCCUAUUGCUUCUCUUCUCUGCCACUCUCGUCCUCGUCUUCAUCUUCUUCUUCCUCGCCUCUCGCCCUUCCUCAAACCCCUCCCCUCCAGGCCUUAACCCCACCAUCAGAACCGAUCUCCCGAUUUACCCACUCCCACCUUUCAAUUGCGAAGAGUGCCGGCAGUCCCACCCUGUAAUCGCUAACGUUGUCGAAGGCCUUAGCUACCCUUUCAUCUACUCGCUCGCCGAUUUGGGUAGGUUGCCCGAGAAGCCGCACAAGGACAUCGUCAGAUUUCUCAAGGGCAAGCCUUUUCGGAGACCCGAUAUAUCGGCGACGAUUCAGGGGCUUUUGGAGAAAUUCAAAGGUGAAGGGAGGGACAAUGGGCUUGUGGUGGACGUGGGUGCCAAUGUGGGCAUGGCCAGCUUCGCCGCCGCGGUUAUGGGCUUUCAGGUGCUAGCUUUCGAGCCCGUUUUCGAAAAUUUGCAGAGGAUUUGUGAUGGCAUUUACUUGAAUCGUGUUGGAGAUUUGGUCACUGUGUUCGAGGCCGCAGCCUCCGAUCGCCCUGGCAAUAUCACCUUCCACAAGUUGGUCAGUCGGAUGGACAAUAGUGCUAUUUCGGCUGCUGGUGCAAAGUUGGCCUUCAAGAAUAAGGAAGAGGUGGCAGUUCAAGUAAGAACCAUCCCGCUUGAUGAUGUAAUCCCAGAUUCAGAGCCUGUUCUUCUGCUCAAGAUUGAUGUUCAAGGCUGGGAAUAUCAUGUGCUGAAAGGAGCGUCCAGGUUACUAUCAAGGAAGGCAAGCAAAGCACCCUAUAUCAUUUAUGAGGAAGAUGAACGGCUCUUGCAAGCCAGUAAUAGCAGCGCAAAAGAGAUACGAAAGUUCCUACGUGGUGUGGGUUACAAUCAUUGCACGCAGCUUGGUACAGACGCACACUGCACCAAAUUGGGUUAGCAUGUAUUUCGUACCUUCAGCUUUGCCACAAGAACCAGAACCACACUACUGUGUCAUGGUUGGUUUGCGUAUAAUCUUCUGAGAGGGAUUAAUCAUACAUGUUUCUGUCAGAUAAGUUAGACGUUUGGUUUUACACGGGUAUCACUACAACACGGUGAGAGACUGGAGUCUGUAGAUGCAGGGCCAAUGCACAGUGGUUGAAGGCAAGCUUUUUGAGAGGAAGAACAUUCCCUCAAGACAUUGAAAUACGUUGAAAGGAGAUCUGGUUCGGAAGAAGCUGCUCGUUGAGCUCAACUAGAUUUAUCUUUAUAUGUUGGCCGGCAUUCUUUUCUUACCAAUUGGCUUUGGUUUACAUUUUGUUGGUGCAGUGUGCCGUUGGAGGCUUUUAAUUGUAAAGUUAUUUAUUGUUGCCUGAUGUUACUGAUGCAUUUGAGAGACCUUCAAUUUCCAUUGGAUUCAUUGAGGAUGUUGACUUCAA